AUGUACUCAGGUUUAUAUAGUUCACCGUUUCCGAAAUUGAAUCCUAAUGUUCGGUAUAGGACAGUCUUUGAAAGAGCUGGGUUUGACACAAAUAAUGGAAAUUCCAACUCAAACAAUAACAGCAGUAGUACUAGUGAUACACCACCGCAUAAUCAUUCGCAUCAACAUCAGCAUGAUAGUAGUCGGUUAGGAUCAGGGGCUAAUACGCCGACCAAGAGCAUUCCUACGAAUGGAAUUCCCAUGUCGACACCUAAUACUGCCGGUCAGAAUAUAUCACGUCCUCAACCUGGUAACAAUAAUAAUUUUGAUGAAUAUAGAUCUGUGAAUGAUAGGAAUAGGAUAUCACCACCACAUGAUAACAGUAUAGAAAUGGUAGAUUCGUCAUUGCAUGAGGAUCCAUAUGUGGUACCUGUUGUAACAACAACUGCUUCUACGAAGUCGUCAUCAUCAUCAAGAAAUCCACAUCAUUCACAAGAACCUUUUAAUUUUGAGACAAACAAUACAGAUGAUGUAAAUGAAGAUAUGAACCCAAUUGAUAGAUCGUUUAUGAUGCUAACUCAAAAUGAUUCACAUUCAAUAAUUUCUCAAUCACGAAAAAACAGUAAUCAUGGUAUUAAUAUGAAUAAUCAUAUCUCAAGGGGUAAUAGUAAUGUUGAUCAAUCUAUUACUUCUUCACAUUCUUCUACAUCUUCACAUUUUAAAAGGCUUCCAUCUCCAGUUCAGGAAUUGGAUUUGGGAUUUAAAAUUCCAACUGUUUUGGUUAAUGAACCAAAUAAUAAUGAUAGUAAUAAUAAUAAUAUAGAAUCCUUGAAGACAGAUAGCGUAAACUUUGAACCAGAUCAUAUAUUGACAAAACAAGUUACAGAUGAACAUUCUUCAGAGAAUAACGAGGUUCAAUUAGAUUUCCAACAAGAAGAACAUGCAUCAGAUACAAUAGUAUCCAAGAAUUUACAAGUAGAACAAUUGAUUGCUGAAUUGGAUGAUGUUUCAUUUUCUAGGAAUGAACAAAUAUCACAAACAUUACUCUCUGGUCAUAAUGGGAGUAGUUCUAAUUCGGAUGAAUCUUCAUCUUCUAAGACUACAUCGGUGUCGAUAGAGGACCCACGAAUGAAAAAAUCAAGUGCAUAUUUAUCGGGAUUCCCAUUGAGAAGUCAAGGAUCAUCACCACCUUCCAAAGAUAGUGAUAAUGAUUCAUUCAAUAGUGGAACUAAUCCCAAAGCAACAGGAACUUUUGAUGGUACACCAACUUUUUUCAAAUUUGCAUCCAAGGAUAAAUUGUUUUCACAACCAGAUUUACCUGAAGAUAAAGAUAUCCAACAACAAAUGCCUGAAAUUAAAUAUGCUCCAGGUGAAGGUCCAUGUAGACUUUGUGGUAAAGAUAUCCUGGAGAAAGGUGUAUUUUCAAAAAAUGAAAAUGAAUUAUCGGGACAAUGGCAUCGUAAUUGUUUUAGAUGUUCUAAUUGUUCUAUAAAGUUCAAUAAGAAGGUACCAUGUUAUAUUCUUAAUGAUAAACCUUAUUGUCAACAACAUUAUCAUGAAGAGAAUCAUAGUAUAUGUCAAGUUUGUUCAAGAUUUAUAGAAGGGGAAUGUUUAGAGAAUGAUAACAUGGAAAGAUUUCAUAUUGAUUGUUUGAAAUGUUUUAUUUGUAAAAAAAUCAUUGAAAAUGAUUAUUUUAUAUUUAAUGAUGAAGUACCAAUCUGUGCAGAUCAUGAUAUGGAUGUAUUGAUUGAGAACGGUCUUACAAAUGCGGACUUCAAUGAUACAAAGGCCAAUGAAACUUUGAAAAGAAAUAAUACAUUAUCAAAACGUAGAACGAGGGUUAUUAGUUUCAUGGAUUAG